GGGAAAUCCUGGCGGGUCGAAAGGCCGUAGUCGAUGGGAGUGGACCCAUCACGACCGACUGACUGACGAUGCCAAGUGCGACAACUGCGCCGAUCCACGCCCAGCACCUCAGCGCCGAGAAGGACCUGCUCGUCACGCGCCUCCAGCACGAGCUCACGGCAAUCAAGCAAAAGCUCGUCGAGCAGAGCGAAGAGCUCGUCCAAGUCCGGUCGAGCAACCUCAAGCUCCAAGAAAUGCUCAAGAAGAAGGAAAAGGACUUGCAAAACGUGUUUGCAGUCAUGCGCGAGGGCAACACCCAAGGCGCUGCCAAGCGUCGAAAAGAAAUCACCGACCGCCUCGUCAAUGAGCUCCAGCAAAAAGCACGAGCUCGCGCCUUCCCCGCGCACAACGCUGAGGCGCUCGCACAGACCCGCAAAGUGGAGCUCGACGAGCUUAAGUACAGCUGCAAGUCCCUCCGACUACAAGAGCUACAUAUGCAGGCCCAAGAGUACUAUAAAGAAGUCCAGCGGCUGCGAGACGCACUUGCUGCGCAGCCAGCGACUGUGCCGUCGCCUCGGAAGGAGACGCGAUUGCAAGCCAACAACGUUGAGCCCGAAACGACGUCGCCUGCACCCAAGAAGGAACCAUUGCCGCUGCCGAUAGCUCUGCCCAAGGUAGUCGAGAGUCCAGAGCAAAUGAUAUUGAUGGGUCUGGAGGCCGAUGUCUCGGCGUCGAAAUUCGUCAAGCGCAAGAAGCAAGCCAUCAUCGAAGCCGAGUAUCGGCGGCAGUGCCGCAUUGCCGAGCUCGCUGCACAGUGCGAGAUGGAAGAGAACAUUCCGCGACAAGCCAAAAGACUGGCCAAGCAAGCUGCAAUCGAAGCAGCUGCGCGGGAGCCCCCCAAGCUGAUCGAAACGCCACCAAUUGAGCUCAAGCUCCAGGUGAAUCCUCCCAUCGUCACCAUUGCGAAACCAGAGGUACCAUAA